GUGAAUUCAAUGAAUGAGUGAUUAUUUUGUGAAUAAAUUUUUAUUAUUGAUAACGAAAUGAGAAAAAAGUGUUUUAAAGUCAACGCUAUUGUAAUUGUUUGCUAUAAUUGUAUUGAUUGCGACACAACUGAGCGGACAAUCAGUGUUUGCUUUCACUCGUAAUCGACUCAAGCAUUGAAAGUGACUUUUAAUGGACACAUAAUUUGAUGGUUUGAUUCACAGAUGCUAUGAAUGAGUGAUUGGAGACACACUUUGAUCACCACUUGACUCGUAUCACGUAUUGAGUGAUAAUCGGUACACAUCUCCACAUAUUGUGUGUGUUUUGACAGAUAAUGAGUGCUUCGGAGUGUUUGCGAUCACUGGAAGCGCUGAUGAAUGAGUUCUUUCACGACUCGACCACUAAUGAGAGGAAACGACAAAUUGAAGUGAUUUUGAAUGAGUUCUCCAAACAAGACAACUGUUGGCCACAAUGUCUCCAAUACUUGACACAAACGGACAACGAAUACACACUCAUGUAUUGUCUCUCAGUUCUGGAGAACCUAAUUGUCGUCAAAUGGGAUCAAUUGGGUGGCGACAGGAGUGACAAACGGAUCUCCAUUUGGAACUACUUGUUGUCAAACAACCAAUCGAUGCCUCAAUACUUGCGCAACAAAACGGCCAAAUUGUUGGUCACAAUCGCGCGCAUCGAUUGGCCCAACAGUUAUCCCGAUUUCAUGCAAAACGUGUUGGAUUUGUUGCAAUCAAAACAGACCACACGUUUGGGUCUUCUCCUCGUGAAGACCACGAUUGAAGAGUUGAGUCAAACCCGGGAUGACGUCUGCGCUCAACGCAAGACCGAACUCAACAAACUCUUGGUCUCAGAGAUGCCCAACAUUUUGAUGUCUUUGACGAAUCUAAUGGAACUGAUUCUCGACAAACACUGCAAUUUCCUGACAGCAACGCCUCCGCCCUCUCCCUCCCAGAGCCCUAACUCAGACUCCAAUCCGUCUAUCAAUAAAGAUGUGUUGUGCAAUGCGUUUGAAUUGAGUCUUCGGAGAGGACUUUUGCAGACAAUUCCAGACAUGGACUCGGAAUCGAUAGAAAUGUCGUCACAAGUGCUGAUAUGUUUGUCACAAUUGUUUGCAUUCAUGCCAUUGAGUCUGUGUUACCAAAUAAGUCACUCGACGUUAGCGGCGGUCUUCGUGUUCGCCACUUUCGGCUGCAACCACUCGGCGGUCAUGAGUGGACACAAACAGAGUUCCACACAAUUGGCAGUUCUGGCCAUGAAUUGUAUCAACGAAUUGAUAGCCAAGUGUUCAACGAAUACGGAAACAAAUGAAUUCAUUUAUAAUAUGUUUCAAAACACAUUCCACUUAUUGAGGAAAUUGACUAAAAGUAAUGAUUUGAAUAACGAGACCAAUGGAUCCCCGUUUGACCACUUGGACGAAGAAUAUAUGAGUAAAUUCACAGAAUUUCUGCGAUUCUUCAUUAGCGGCCAUUUGCCCCGAUUCGAGAAAAUACCCACAUUUCCUAUUAUGGAGUUCUUGGGACUCGUCUUCGAGUACACAUUCAAACAAACCAAUUGUGAUUCAUUCCUCUCAGCGUUAGAGCUCUGGAAUAUAUUCAUCGAUUACCUGAGCGUCAAAAUCAAACAACAAAACGAUUCAAAACAAGUGAACCUAAUUGUGAACCACUAUAAAGAACCCAUUGUCUCCCUAUUAGUGCAUUUGAGUCGUAAGAUUCAAUUUAAAUACAAUGCCAGAGAUUUAGACAAAUUAGACAAUGAAAACCUAGACGACGACUAUUUGACAGAAUGGCAACACUUUUCCCAUAAUUGCAUUGAAGUGAUGGCAAACAUAGCGGAUAUGUAUCCCUUAGAGACCUAUGAAAUUGUCAGUGAAUUCCAUAACGAGAACUUACAGUCGUUUUUUGGUUUAGAGCGCUGUUUAGAUACCAAUCAAAACAACGAGACAAUAGGUUUGCAAUUGUCGGAAACGGAUGUCUAUCGACUGCACUGCACUUUACGUGAUUUGUCGACAUCGUUGAGACUUGUGGGCCGUUUGGCCGAUCACUUCACUUCUGACAACUUUAACCGUUGGUUUGUUUCGACCAAAUCGUUGAUCGAGAAACUAAUUCAGGCCUUAAUUCUGUUUAAUAAACACAAAUUCCAUAAACAAAAACAUCUGUCAAACGACUUCACCGAUGUUUGCGCUCAACUCAUGGCAACCAUCAAAGCCUAUUGUCAUUGGUUGCAGAAGUACUGCAACGAAGACCAGACAAGCAAUGAUAGCGUUGUCAUCAUAUCAGCCAUUGUCGAGAACUGUAUCCAAAUUAUAUGUGAUAACAAUAACAACAACAAUAAGAUGAGUCACAGCGCCGGACACUUACUCUAUUCGGUGUCCACUAGUGUUCGGCCAAUAUUUAUGUUGACUCUGGAAUGCGUGCAAAUGCUGUUCACCAAAGUAUGCGCUUAUGUCCGGUCGUGUCAUAACACUUCUAAUGGCUUUCCAGUCAUCAGUAUUGAAGACGAGAAGUUGUUGUGUCGCUCCAUAUCUAACAUGCUUUUGCUUCCGUGGCUUAACCUAAACAACGAUUCUUCACAGAAUUGGGAGUCGAGAACCGUUUAUCACGACAUGUUUGUUGAGGCCAUUGUCGAGCCUUUCAAAGACGCGUUUAAAUGCAGUCAAAUGCCUGUCAAUGGAUCGCUUCCACAGCAGACGCUCAAUGCGACACAACUCUGCCAUUCGUUGACUCUAUUGAGUGAUAUCGUCGACAAUCACAAAGAGUCUCCGACACGAACCAAACAAUUGCUGUUUAAAAGCAUUCAAAGCUCUUUGGAGUCGUUUAUUAAUUUAUUUCCCACUUAUUUCACAAAUCCGUUUAUCGCUGAGAAUUGUCUCAAUCUGUUUAUAAUAGUCUUCGAUGUCCUCCGAAUACAAAUCAGUUUUCAAUUUGUCGAGAAAACCAUUCAAUUAAUGCUUAAACUAUUCUCAACCAAUCAGUCAAAUGGUAUGACAUGCGAACCGCUCUCGACUAAAGUGAUCCCAAAGUUCUUGAAAAUGUUGACAUUCAUUGUCCAACAGCCGGGAACUGCUUUCAAGUCUCUGUUGCCCGGAAUGAUAAGCUUUGCUUUCGAUCAGAUCUGUCCGACGAUCGCAAACACAGAUUGUCCUCAAUUGAGGCGAUCGUUGUAUGAAUUCUUGUUUCAAUUACUGCUAAACAAUUGGCGAUACUUUUAUCCAAACAAUUCCAUAAGUGGUAACGCAUUCACUAAUGCAUCACAUAAUCAACAAAAACAACCAGAAGUGCUGCAAAAUGGCGACGCAUUCGUGCAGAUAAUGAAUAUCUUCGCGCAAUCAUUCCUCGAGAACGACAUCACUGUUUUCAAACAUAAUUUGGACGCUUUAGAGAUUCUCAACACUCGACUCAAAUUAUAUCAAAAGGAGAUCUUUAGGCAAACAAUGAUUAAACCGUUUCUAUCGCUCUUUAUUCAGACAUUAUGUGACAAAUCUCUUAAUUUACUUCAAGACGACAUUCACGCCAUUGUCUUCAACAUGGCUUCUGUCGAUUUUCCCAACUUUUUUAAUGUAUUUAUUCCACAAUAUCUAUACAAUUGUGAACCGCUUAAUGAUAUACAGAGGAAUAGUUUAGCCACGAAAUACAUGGAUCCCAAUCACCAGGACUUUCCCACUUUUGUUAACAAUUUGAAUAUUUUUUUGAAUGAUUUACGAUAUUUUAAGAGUAUUUCUUCAAUUGUGUGCAAUAAUUAG